UAUAACACUAUCACAGGCGCUUUCAUCUAUAAACCAUAGCUUUCAUCUACAACAACAUGGUUACCUAGUUGCUGUAAGAUAUAUCUACAGUUCAGAUGGAUGUUUAUGACAAACCCCGUACACAUGAAUGGCAAAAUUGACGUCAUUCUGACUCGUAAAAACUAACUUACACAUAAAGUAACUGCAGUUAUGACGUCACAGAUAUCGGCAGUGUAUAUCCUGUGUACAUAACAGAUGUUUAAACAACCACAUUGUUUGCAGCAGCUGAUGAUGAUGAAAUGCAGCCUGAAAAUCGUCAGUAAUUGAUUUGAGAAUGUGGUCACGCGAACAGGAUACGUGCGCGCGCGUGUGUGGAAACCACGAAGCUCACAACACCGGGACACGCACGUGUAACACGCGAGUUUUACUCACAGUUAAGUUCUGAGACGUUGAGAAGUAAUUUUUUUCCCUCAAUUCCUUCAUGAUAGACGCGUGAUGGUUCGAGGGAAAAGCACCGAAAGCUCCACGAUUAAUUUAAUGCACGUGAAACCUAAAAAUACAGAAAUCAAGCCAGCUGAGCCAGUGGACCAGGGAGAUCGUCUGUCCUUGUGCACCAAACUAUGCUACGCUAUUGGUGGGAUUCCAUACCAGAUCACAGGCAGCAUUCUGUGCUUCUUCCUCCAGAUCUACCUGCUGGAUGUGGCUCAGCUGGAUCCGUCUUUUGCGUCCAUCAUCCUGUUUGUGGGACAGGCCUGGGAUGCGAUCACAGACCCAACGGUGGGUUUCCUGGUCAGCAGGAGCAGGUGGACCCGCAUCGGUCGUAUGAUGCCCUGGAUCAUUUUCUCGACUCCAUUCGCAGUGGUGACUUACUGCCUCAUCUGGUUCGUGCUUCCAAUUGAGCAGGGAAGGUUCGUCUGGUGCCUGAUGUUCUACUUCCUCUUCCAGUCCAUGCAGACGUGCUUCCAUGUGCCAUAUUCAGCCCUAACCAUGUUCAUCACGAGCGACCAGAAAGAGCGGGAUUCUGCCACUGCCUAUCGUAUGAUGGUGGAGGUUCUGGGGUCGCUGCUGGGCACUGUGAUCCAGGGACAGAUCGUCGGCGGUUCCUCAAAUUGUCCCACUGAGGACGGAUUCCCUGAGAGCAGAAACAUUUCCAGUAUUCAAGUGGAGCAGACGAGAAAAUCUUACAUGGUUGCUUCAGGGGUGGUCUGCACCAUAUAUGUCGUCUGUGCUGUCGUGUUGUUUUUGGGCGUGAGAGAGAAAAAAGGGAGAGAUCAUCAAAAUCCCCUGACCUUCUGUCAAGGCCUGUGUCUGGUGAUGAGCCACAAACCCUACGUCAAACUGGUCAUCGGCUUCCUCUCCACCUGCCUGGGCUUCAUGCUGCUCCAGGGAAACUUAGUCCUUUUCAUCACCUACACUCUUGGAUACAGGAAUGAAGUCCAGAAUCUCAUCCUCACUUUGAUGCUCUCCGCGACUCUAAGCGUCCCGGGGUGGCAGUGGUUUUUGACCCGUUGUGGGAAGAAGAUGACAAUUUACUACGGCAUGUCUCUCGUAAUCCCCUUCCUGAUCAUAAUGGUGUCCACCAAGCUCUACCUGACAGCGUGCUACUUGAUAUCUGUGGCCGCAGGUUUGAGCGUGGGCGCCGCUUUCUUCUUGCCAUGGUCGAUGCUUCCCGACGCGGUGGACGACUUCAAGGUUCAGAACCCAGACAGACUUGGUCACGAAGCUCUCUUCUACUCCUACUACGUGUUCUUUAUCAAAUUCUCCACUGGGAUAUCUCUCGGUAUCUCUACGCUUAGUUUGAAAUUUGCAGGCUAUGUGACUGGCAGCUGCUCACAGCCAGAGUUGGUCAGUUUCACCCUGAAGAUGCUGAUCUCUCCCCUGCCAGUGUUUCUAAUCGUUGUGGGGCUGCUGAUAAUCAGUACCUACCCUGUCGAUGAGAAAAGGAGGCGGAGCAACAACAGAAUCCUGCAAGACCGUUUGAACAAAGAAUCAAACCCUGAAGGUUCAACAGCCGCGAUCAACAAAGUAGCAGUGGUCGACGACCCGACUGUCACUAACUGAGAAGAAUCACACAGAUUUAUGCUGCCCUCCAGUGGCCAAUCAAUGUUAUUACAUGUGUUAUCCAUUUUCACCAGUUGUGUCCAAAUGUUCAUUAGUUUAGAGGUUCUCUUUUGUUUUUCUUUUAAAAAACCUGUACAUAUUAUUAUCACUGAAUUGAGCAGUAAAAUCUUAUUACUUGAAUCAGAUUUCCCACAAACAUUCAUGGACUAUGGCCAGUAUAACUGCAGCUCAUUUUCUAGUUCUCAGUCAUGGUUUCCCUCAUCAAAGUGAAACGGUCCUUUUCUAAAACUGAACCACAUUGAUUCCUGGGCUUGUCCUUUUCGUGUUUUACAGUGUUGCAUUGUGGGACAGCAGAACAACUCUUGUUCCAUUUUGUGUCCCCUCGGAAUGUGAAUGCUCCAAAUCUUUUUGACCUGUGUGGUUUUUGGUCAUAACAAGUAUUUAUUUUCCGCCUCAGAUCAGACUGUUAUUUAUGCAGAUGUUACCUUGAAUGUUUACAAUGUUACAGGACGGCAGCUCUAACGAAGAGUGCACUUUAAGGAAACAUGUAGUAUCACAUGUAUUUUAUAUAAAAGGGAUGGUCAGCACCUUCUAGUAUGAAAAGAGACAUUUUUUGUUCCCUCUCAACCCAAAUAAAUUGUAUCUGGAACAGCAAAAUCUAUGAUAACAAUGAAAUGUGUAACGUUUGUUUACACAGAUUGUUGCAUUUAUGAAAUUUAAAAAAGCACAAAAAGAACACUGUUGAUAUUUCAACGCUGUUUCAGUGACGAGCGGUGAGGUCCAUGACAGGUGAGGCACUGACUCCUCUGGAGUCGGACGCACAAAUAUAUGACCUUGACCUUUUAAAGCUUUUAAUUAUGCUUUAAUCAAUUCCAUACUUUACUACAAUAUGAUAGCAAGAAAAACAAAAGGUCAAAUUCAAUGUUUUUAAAUUUAAAUGGGGUUUCUUUUGGGUGCGUGUAUGGUCUUACCUUUAUUUGUAUAUGAAGUCAAUGCGCCUCCUCCAAGAAUAUCUCUGUUGUAAAAACUCAGCACUGCCCCCUAUCAGUGCAGCAUGGUACUCAUCAAUGCCUCUCCUGUGUAUUUGAACAGGGAAGGUGUUAAUUUGGCAAUUUUGAACAUAGAAAUGUUGAAAUCAUACAGGAAACAAAUUUAUAGAACAGUCUAGUGGACAAGGCUGCUGUAGAAACAGGCCAGUACACGAUGGCUGCCCUCUUGUAAAGUACAUAUACUGUAAAAGGCUUAUUUAAAAACCAAACAUACUUCUGUAUGUAUCUUCGUAUAUUCAAUAUCUGCAAAUAAACACUCACACAUUUUACACACUGCA